GAGUAAGUUCUUUGCUUGGAGAGGUUGUCAUCCACAGCUUCAGAGGUAGGCAAGCCUAUCACAAAUCCGAAUGAUGGAACCAACAGACUAUAUGCCUGAGGCAAUCACAAAUGCAACAUAUUAUUACUACGGUAAUUAUGACCCAAUCGAGUCUAACGUGUGUUUGAUGGAUGACCUCUCUAGAUUUAGUGCCACGUUUACCAGCAUCCUGUAUUCUCUCAUUUUUCUUCUCAGUUUGUUAGGAAACAGCCUUGUCUUGUGGAUUGUAAUGAGAUAUGAAAGCCUCACGUCCUUAACAAACCUCUUCAUCGUGAACCUUUGCAUCACUGAUCUGGCUUUCUCUUGCACGCUGCCUUUUUUUAUUGUGUACAAUUACUAUGGAUGGAUUUUGGGUGAUUUCCUCUGCAAGGCUAUAAGCGCCAUUUUUUCUAUCAGCUACUACGGGGGUGUUAUCUUUCUAACUAUAAUGACAUUAUUCCGGUACCUGGCUGUGGUCGAUCCCUUGUCUACACUGAGAACUAAAACAAAAAGGUGUCGGAUACUGUUGAGCAUUGCCAUUUGGACCAGCACCCUCCUAAUUGUGAUCCCCGAGACUAUUUUUAUCCAGGUAAUAGCCUCUGGUGAUGAUGGCAAGCAGCAUUGUGACUACCCAGAAGAGUCUAUUUGGAAGUUGGUGGAGUUGUGUCUACAAGCAGCUUUCUUCCUAUGUUCUUUCAUUAUCAUUGCAUUUUGUUACAUCGGGAUGCUUAAGAUCUUGCUUAGACAACGGUCUCAAAGAAGGCACAGGACUGUAAGGCUCAUAUUUGCUAUAGUGCUGGUCUUUUUCCUCAGUUGGGCCCCCUAUAACGUGCUUGGUUCCGUGUAUGUUUUGUCCUCUAAGAACAUCAUCAGUUUACUCUGUCAACCACUCAGAGACAUUUUCUUUGCUUUUGACAUCAGUCGUAAAAUAGCCUAUUGCCACUGUUGCCUCAACCCGGUCCUCUACGUCUUUGUUGGGGUGAAAUUCAGAAGGCAUCUGAAACACCUCUACAGGGAUUACUGUCCGUGCCACAGCAGGAUCCCACCCUCAAGCCCUAGAAUUUAUUCUUUUCAUAUGGGCCCAUAUGAGGAUGCGUCCAUGUACUGAAGCAAAGACUGUCUGAAAGAGUGAGAGCUGGAAGGCCACAGCUAACCAAAUAAAUAGAUAAAUAUCCACAACAAUUCUUGAUUUCAUAAUAUUUUAUUCAAUUAAUAGUGGGGAAUGAGAUACUGUCUGUCUUGCUUGGAAUUCUUCCAUUUUGUUAAUGACAAAGAUUGUGGUUCUGGCAUUUUUCUGUGUUUACCUCUGUUUAAAGUUUCAGAUGUUUGCCGAACUGUAAG